AUGCAGCGUCUUAUGUCGCGUUUCCGAUCCAGUCUUUUUGUCCCACUUUCCACCUCCUCUCAUGCUGCGCCAGCAUUCCAGUCUCGUGAAUUUUCAGUGAAAGUCACACAAAAGGCGCCAAACUUUGCUGGAACUGCUGUUGUUGAUGGCCAAUUUAAGGAAAUCGAACUACGAAACUAUCUCGGGAAGUAUCUUGUUCUUUUCUUCUACCCCCUGGACUUUACUUUUGUCUGUCCAACCGAGCUUAUUGCUUUUUCCGAUCGAAUUGAAGAGUUUAAUAAAAUCGGGUGCAACGUUAUUGGUGUUUCUACAGAUUCACAUUUUAGUCAUCUCUCUUGGAUUAAUACGCCUCGAAAAGCAGGGGGAUUGGGUGGCUUGAGAUAUCCCCUUUUGGCGGACUACAAAAAGGAAAUAUCGAGGGCAUAUGACGUGUUGUUAGAGGACAGUGGUGUGGCUCUUCGCGGACUUUUCAUCAUCGAUCAAAAAGGCACUAUCCGGAGCAUGACAAUCAACGAUUUACCUGUCGGGCGUUCCGUUGACGAAACCCUUCGUCUUGUUAAGGCAUUCCAAUUUGUUGAAGAACAUGGAGAAGACUCACUAAGCUUGGCUGGCGGCAAAACUUAG